AGCAGCUUUCACCAGCUGGUAUAGGCUCAGAAAGCGUCGGUAGUUGUGGUAUAUGCUGCAAUAAUGCCAGCAGCCAUAAACGGCGAUCAGCCCUGGUAAUUGGCGAGUGGUGGCUCGUAAAAAUUGAGUGGUGAAAAUUUUACGGUUGAGCCUCUCUUUUCCUGUUCAACACUAUUUUUCCUUUCAAUUUGAAUUGACGCACAAAUUUCAGUUGUUUUGCAAUGACAGCACAGGGAGGCGCGUUUGAUGUGGUAGAGUACUACCAUGACCUGGUGGCCAAGGACCCGAGCAUCUCGAUGCCCGUAGCCGCCGUCAGCAGUCUUGUCAAAGUUGUUGAGCAACAGCGCGCAACAACAAUGUCCGAGUUCAUGAAGAUCGUGCGUGCAGCCAGCGAGGUGCUGAAGGAGGCCACACACCGGUCUAUCUCGGUGUCUGCUGGCUGCGACGUGUUUCUGCAGCAAAUGGCGCGUCUCUCGCACGCGCAGGGCGUCGAAGAGUGCCGCGAUGCGCUGAUCAGCGCCGGCAACAACUUUGUGAUGACGGCCGGGCAGUGCCGCGACCAGGUGGCGGAGAUCGGCAGCCCGUUUGUGCGCGACGACCAGACGAUCCUGAUCCACUCGUACUCACGCGUCAUCAUGGGGCUCUUGCACCGGGCGGUGAAGCAGAACAAGCGGUUCCGCGUGUACGUUACCGAGUCACGGCCUGAUAAGAGCGGGCUGCGGGCGGCCGAUGAGCUGCUGAAGCUGGGUGUGCCGUGUGAGGUUGUGCUGGAUGCCGCUGUCGGGUAUAUCAUGGAGAAGGUGGACUUGGUGCUGGUCGGUGCUGAGGGUGUGGUGGAGAGCGGUGGUUUGAUCAACAAGGUUGGCACAUACCAGCUGGCCAUCAUUGCCAAGGCAGCCAAGAAGCCGUUUUAUGCGCUGGCCGAGAGUUACAAGUUUGUGCGUCUGUAUCCACUCAGCCAGUACGAUCUGCCGACGUACCGCAGCGACCUACUGGCCUUCAAGGAUAGCGGCAAUGUCGACUGGCAGACGGAGUUGCAGGAGAACAACCCGACGCUGGAUUACACGCCGCCAGAGUACAUCACGCUGCUGUUCACCGAUCUGGGCGUCAUGACGCCGUCAGGAGUCAGCGACGAGCUUAUCAAAUUCUAUUUGGAUUAGAGUGUACCGUACUACAAAAAUUU